UUGGUUUUGGCCGGGCAACGACGUAGACAGUCUCGGCUUAUCUGCCAUCGACAAUACAUCCCAGGUACUGAAGAUAAUCAAGAUAGUUAUAGAUAUUUCCUCCAGCUGAAGCUUCCGAGACAACUUUACUUUUCCGGGCUCCGAACCCAGCACUGUAUUUAUCAUUACGCCUCCACCGCGCUUGCCUCCCUUAUCAGAACCAGUUAUCUUUGCUUCGUGGGCUCCAAUACCCGAAACCAAUUAAUUCCACCCGAACCCAGCACUACUCUGAAUUCAACGUUAAGCCCAGUGAUAUCCAGUCUUAGUUCUUGGCUUUCACGGUAUUCAUUACCCUCCCAACUACUUCAUUGUCCCUAGCGUAUUCCUCACUCCUUCCUUGCCGCUUCUUCCAUGUCAGUCUCCUCUGUCCGAUCUGAGGUGAAAAUAACCACGCCACCGCUGCUGAAGGUAGCCCUCAGACCCGUGACGCCUCCCAAAACUGCCGCUGAGCGCGACACUGUCCCCAGCACCCCAGGCCAAGCAAAAAAGGACGUCCUCCCCAACACCCCCACCCAUACUAAGCGAGAAAGAUCCCCGGAUGCAGAGAGCGCGGGAAUACGCGACUCGUACACGUCGCCGCGCUCUGCCAUAACCUCGCCACGCGCGCACGACCUAGAGACGCCACGUACGCCGCGCAACUUCAGACGUGACGACAAAAGCAUCUACUUCACCCCCAAACCGCUUGCCGUACCGAAGUCACCGGAGCAGCUCUCGGAUAUCAGCAACCAGUUGAAAACACGACUCUCCUACGCCUUUGUCAAGGUGCAGAAGGGCUGGCAGGACAAAACCUUGGACGAUAUCGAGAGCGAUAAGUUGGACGGACGACGCAAAAGCGACGCAAAAACGUACGAGACCUUUUGGAGAGCGCGCAGAGCCAGUGGAGGCUCCUUGCUCUCUCCACCGCUAUCAUCCGAUCAGAGCGAUAAGUCCCCGGCGCGUUUAUUAGGCUCUCCCACCUUCUCGUCUGUAAAGUCCAGUCACGCCAUGCCCCCUUUGCUGGACGAUGGUUCGGCCCAUAACGCGCUAGCAGCCGCGUUGAACAGACAACAGAAGAAACAGAUCAGUGCCGCAAAUGGCGUGGACCGCGAUCCCCAGACACCGAAGAAGAUACGCAAGAAGAACUCGUUUGUGGGAAGUCAGAGCGAUGAGCACGAGGCUGUGUUAUCGCUUAUGUCGUUGUCGUCUCCCCAGAAGCUGGCUCCGUCUAGAAGCGUCCUAACGCCUCCCUCUUUCAAUGGGAAGCAACCCUUCACGCUACCUCCCGUCGGGCCUACCAUGAGCAUGCUUCAGGGAAGUCCCGGACGGCGUGGGAUAUCAGACCAUGAUACCGAUGUGGAUGAGGAUUUGACAGAUGUCGAGACUGAGCCUGAGCAUAUGUCGGAGUAAGGUUUGGGGUUAUAUUUUAUGUAAGGGUUCCAUGUCUUCGAUUUAGCGUACUAUUGUUAUGAAUUUGCAGCGUAGGAAGUCAGGGUGAGGUGUGUUCCAAUAAUAAUUAUGCUUCGAACUUCUAUUAUUAGGUUAAUUGAUACGAAUUCUUACUUU